CCUGCAGCCUAUCAUCUAUCUACCUUACUACCACCAACCCCUCUCACCAGUUAGCUAUUCCAGCCCUUGCUUUGACUGGGAUUCUUUUCAAUCUAGAGAAAGACAAAUACAAAGGGAAAAAAUGGCACCCGUUGUUCUCAUUCUCGGUGCCGGUCGCAACAUUGGCGCCGGCGUCGCCGCCCACUUCUCCGCCGCGGGCUACUCUGUCGCCGUCGUCACCCGUAGCUUCCCCACUCCGUCCCCCUCUCCGGACCCGGAGACGGGCUACCUUCGCAUCCGUGCGGACCUGUCCGACGCUGCACAAGUCCGGGACACCUUCGCGCAUGCCCGGAAGCACUUCGGCAAGGCGCCGCGCGUCGUGGUGUACAACGCCGCGGCAUUGACGCCACCGCCCGACGCCGAGAACCUGUUCAGCCUGCCCGUAGAACAGGUGGAGGCGGACCUGCGGCUGAUGAACUCGGGCGCGUGGGUCGCCGCGGGGGAGGCCGUCAGCGGAUGGACCGAGGACGCGGAAGAGGGCGCGAAGGGCCGCUUCAUCUACACGGGGAACCUGCUGAACGCGAUCCCGCUGCCAGUGCCGCUCCUGGUCUCCUUGGGUAUCGGGAAGAACGCGGCUUGGUCAUGGAUCAGCGUCGCCGAUGCGGUGUACAAGCAGAAGAAGGGCUGGAGGUUUUUCUAUGCCGACGAGAGGAAGGCGGACGGGAGCAGCAUUGGUAAUGUUCCUGAUGCCGAGUCCAACGGCAAGUUCUACGUGGAGCUUGCCGAGGGCGCGAAAGACCUGCCGUCAACUGUCACUUUCGUCGAUGGCAAGUACCAAAAGUUUUAAAAAGGCCGACGUGAAUAGGCAAACUCGAAGGAUAGCGAUAGUGAGAAUAGGCAUAAGGUAUAAAGAUACGGGAUAGAAACAACAAUAGCUUGACAAGACGGUGCCCAAUGAAAUAAUUGACUCCUGCCA